CGACAGCGCGCCUUGGCCCCAGAUGUCCAGACCUGCCGGAUGGUGACAGCCAUGUCGGUGAGGGUGCGGUUCCUGUCCCCCGGGGACGCGGCGGCCGUGGGGGCCGUGGGCCGUAGCGCCUCCUUCGCGGGCCUCAGCAGUGCGCAGCGCCGGCGGAUCGCGAAGGGCAGCAGCAGGAGCUCCGUGAGGUCACGGACGCCCGUCCGAGCGUCCAAGGCGUACGGCACGCUGCGCAAGGGCGCCGUCUGCCUGGACCCCAAGCCUCAGCAGGUGAAGCGGAUCUUCGAGGCGCUGAAGAGAGGCCUCAAGGAGUACCUGUGCCUGCAGCAGGCUGAGCUGGAUUACCUGUGUGGCCGUCACACGGACACGCGGAGGAACUCCAGGCUGGCCUUCUACUACGACCUGGACAAGCACACGCGCUCCGUGGAGAGGCACAUUCGGAAGAUGGAGUUUCACAUCAGCAAGGUGGACGAGCUCUACGAGGGCUACUGCAUCCAGUGCCGCCUGCGCGACGGUGCCUCCACCAUGCAGCGGGCCUUCUCCCGGAGCCCGCCCAGCCGCGCCUCCCGCGAGAGCCUGCAGGAGCUGGGCCGCAGCCUGCACCAGUGCACAGAGGACAUGUGGGUCAUCGAGGGCGCCCUGGAGGUUCACCUGGGCGAGUUCCACAUCAGGAUGAAAGGCUUGGUGGGCUUCGCACGCCUCUGUCCUGGAGACCAGUAUGAGGUGCUCAUGCGCCUGGGCCGCCAGCGCUGGAAGCUGAAGGGCCGGAUCGAGUCGGACGACAGCCAGACCUGGGACGAGGGGGAGAAGGCCUUCGUGCCCACCCUGCACGAGAACUUGGAGAUCAAGGUGACCGAGCUGCGGGGCCUGAGCUCGCUGACGGUGGGCGCCGUGACGUGUGACAUCGUGGACUUCUUCUCCACGCGGCCGCAGCUCGUCGUGGUGGACGUCACGGAGCUGGGCACCAUCAAGCUGCAGCUGGAGGUGCUGUGGAGCCCGCUGGACUCCGAGAGCCUCCUGGUGUCGCCCGGCCUCCCAGCCAAGGCUUCUGUGGGCAGCAGGAAGGGCUCCUUGUACACCUGGACCCCCCCGAGCACCCCCAGCUUCCGGGAGAGGUACUGCCUGUCUGUGCUGCAGCCUUCGCUGCCGGCCCAGCCGAGGCCGCCAUCCGUCCUCAGCUACCCGUCCGACAGCGACCUGCGGGGCCCCAGCUCGUGGGGCCGGAGCCAGGAGCUGCCCGAGAUGGACUCUUUCAGCUCCGAGGACCCCCGGGACACCGAGACCAGCACGUCGGCGUCCACCUCGGACGUGGGCUUCCUGCCCUUGGCUGUCGGCACCCCCGCCUCGGUGCAGGAGGAGGGCCCCCUGCCCCCGGGCCUCCACCUGGAGCAGCAGGGCUGGAGGAACUUGGGCGGGGACAGCCUUGACCUGCCCUGGGGCUCCCCGGACCACACUGGCACAGCCCCGUGUCGCCAGGAAGGCCAGGCCGAAGGGGAAGCCGGGCUCGGAGACGAGGGGCCCGGCCUGGCCCUGGCCGAGCCGCUGCAGGAGGUUCUGGCCUUGCUGAGAGCUGUGGGCCCCACCCAGCCGCAGCUCCGGGAGCUGGAGCGCCAGGUCCUUGGCUUCCAGGACCGGCUGAAGCCCCGCGGAGGCCGGCGGGAGGAGCACGCCUCGGCCGAGAGCCUGACCAAGUGCAUCCUGGACAGUUUCGCCUUCCUCAACUCCCACUUCGCCUCCGAGCAGCUGUCCCUGGCCGUAGGCUCCCGGGGUCCCCACAGGGACUGGACCUCACCACCACCGUCGCCACCACUGUCCCAGGAGCUGACGGCCGGGGCCCCGGAGCUGGACGAGCUGCUGGCUGUGCACCUGCGCGUGUGCAGAGCUGUGCUGCAGACACUGGCGGCCCCACACGUGCCCAGGCUGGUCCAGGAGCGCCUCCUGGAGGAGGCGGUGCAGCAGAAGCGGGUCCUGGAGACGCUGUCUGUGCUGGACUUUGAGAAGGCCGGCAGGGCGGAGUCCAUCGAGGAGAUCAUCCCGCAGGCCGCGUGCAGGAAGGGGAGCCUGGAGCUGUGGAGGGGGUGCACGAGGCCCGGCGCAGUGCUGUCCUGCCCCGCCACGGUGCUGCUGAGCCAGCUCAAGAGGACGUUCCUGCACCGUGUCCCGGGGAAGUACCCGGGACAGCUGGAGAUAGUGUGCCGCAGGCUCCUGGAGCAGGUGCUCAGCUGCAGUGGGCUGCUCCGGGGGGCCGGGCUCCCCGAAGUACAGACAGUCACCUGGUUCCAGUUCCUCGGCUACCUGCAGAGGCACAGCAUCUCCGACCUGGAGGGGCACUUGGCCCAGCUCACCAAGGAAGUCACACUCAUUGAGGAGCUGCACGGCGGCGCACAGCUCAAGGCCGUCAGGAAGCUGCAGGGGAAGCGGCUGGGCCGGCUCCAGCCCCUGCCCCAGACCCUGGGAGCCUGGGCGCUGCUCCAGCUGGACGGGCCCCCGCGGGUGUGCAGGGCGGCCAGCGCGCGCCUGGCCAGUGCAGCCUGCAACUCCAGCUUCCGGGAGAAGGCUCUGUUCUUCUACAGCCUCGCCCUGGCCGAAGGGGAUGCAAAGAUGCAGCAGGCUGCGUGCCUGGCGCUCAAGCAGCUCAGGGGCGUUGAGAGCAUCGAUGAGCUCGCCCGCCUGUGCCAGUCGGAGCUGGAGGCCGUGCGCACGGCAGCCCGGGAAGCCACACUGUCGUUCGGGGAGAGAGGCCGCUUGGCUUUCGAGAAGAUGGACAAACUUCGCAUGGAACAAAGCGAACUCUCUUGCCAAGAGGCAGAUGUGGAAAUCACAGUAUUUUAAAGCCCCGCGCACGGACGUCCCAGCUGGAACUGCGGGGUGGGUGUGUGGCGGCCCCAGGCUCCACGCGCGGCUUCUGCACAGAAGGGCAGCACAGAGCCCGGGGGGCCGUGUGGCUGCACUCAGGGCUCCGCUUCUGGCUCGAGAACGACCUUUGGCCUGAUGCGGGGCUGAGCCAGGGCCAGGGCCAGGUACGUGAAGGCCUCGGAUCACAGGUUCCGGGGCGCACGGAAGGAACCAGAGGCUGCCUCCCUGCAUGCUGGGACCUGGGGGGGACAGCCAGCUGGCCGGGCCCCCGGGGGGCUCCAGAGCCAUUUGCACAAGCUGCACCCAAAUGCCGGCGGCUGACCACCUGUGGCCGUGUUGACAGCACAAGGAGGCCGGGCCGUUGUGGGCCGGCGCCCCUUCGCCUUGGCCACACCAGUCAAGGUGGAAUUCAACUUUUGAAACAAGCCACCUUAGGGCUGGCUCCGUCUGCUGCGCCAGUGGCACUGGCGGACUCCGGGGAGGGCUUCGCUGCAGGGCACGUGGCUUUGGAGACAGGAAAGCCCCUGUUCGAGAUGCCUGUGGCGGGGCAAUACCGCAGGGCCCGGAUGUUGCUGUCAACACCAGCACCAGAGGGCGCUGUGUAACUCCAGCCGCCUCCUGUCAACUGCCUGUCUGCCCUGGGCUUUUUGUCUAAUUUAGUAUUUAUUUGUCUUGUGUGUCCAAUCUCCUGAA